AUGUGUCCGGCGCGGGCCCGGCCCUGAGGCGGCUGCGCGGCCGCCGGGCCCUGCUACGCCCCGGCCUUUCCCCUCCGCGCUCCCCUGCGCGGCGCCGGCGGCAGGAGGAGGACGGGCCGGAGGCGGCGGCGGCGGAGCGGGAGGGACGGCUCGGCUGCCAUCGAGUACUUCAAAACCUGCUGAAACCAUCUGAAGUGGCUAUGGCACUCUGAAUGAAAUGGACUUGGCAGCUCCUCUCGUUUGUUCUUGUGGCAGGGCGAGAACACUGACCUGAGAUGGAAGUCAAAACAUCAUUUAGCAAAGGCAGUAGGAUUCCUGAAACUGUAUCCACGUUAAUUAAUGAAGAAUUUGUCCUGGUUCAUCAGCAAUCUGAGGGCACCUCUGGAAAAGAUGAAAGACCUCAGCUAAAGGUGUUUUCAAAUGGAGAAGAUCAGCUGGAGAAGGCAAUGGAAGAGAUACUGAGGGAUUCUGAAAAAGACCAGAGCAAUUUCACUCCUCUCCAAGAAGGUUCCAGUGAUGCAGGCUGCCAGGCAGCUGGAGAUAAGUCAGCAGGUCAAACAAAUAAGCCCUCUUUGCACCUUGCUUUAGACCCUUCUACUACAGAAAUCUCUGCACCAAGGCCAUCUUCUCCCAGCGAGCCCCCAGAAGAGGACAGCGUAUUGUUUAACAAACUGACUUAUUUAGGUUGCACAAAAGUGUCUGCCCCUCGAAAUGAACCAGAAGCUCUACAUGCCAUGGCCAACAUGAAAUUCUCAAGUCAGGCCCCUUUAUCUGUAACACUGUAUGUUCCAAACAUUCCAGAAGGCUCUGUAAGAAUAAUAGAUCAGUCAAGCAGUGUAGAGAUUGCUUCUUUUCCAAUCUAUAAGGUGUUGUUUUGUGUGCGUGGACAAAACGGGACGUCAGAGAGUGACUGUUUUGCAUUUACUGAAAGCAGCUGUGGAACAGAAGAGUUCCAGAUUCAUGUUUUCUCCUGUGAGAUUAAAGAGGCAGUCAGCAGAAUUUUAUAUAGUUUCUCAACAGCAUUCAAACGUUCUUCCAAACAAGCAUCUGAUCAUGUUAAGGACUUCAUUCUUCCUACUCCAGAUAGUGAUGUGUACACUUUCAGUGUUUCCUUAGAAGUCAAAGAAGAUGAUGGAAAGGGAAAUUUCAGCCCUGUGCCAAAGGAUAGAGAUAAAUUAUAUUUCAAGCUUAAACAGGGAAUUGAGAAGAAAGUGGUGAUUACAGUUCAGCAACUCUCAAACAAAGAACUGGCCAUUGAAAGAUGCUUUGGGAUGCUACUGAGCCCUGGAAGAAAUGUGAAGAACAGUGACAUGCAUUUACUAGACAUGGAAUCCAUGGGAAAGAGUUCUGAUGGGAAAGCUUAUGUAAUUACUGGUAUGUGGAAUCCUAAUGCACCGAUGUUUCUAGUACUUAAUGAGGAAACUCCUAAAGAUAAGCGUGUGUUCAUGACUGUGGCAGUGGAUAUGGUGGUCACUGAAGUGGUGGAACCAGUCCGGUUUUUGCUGGAGACGGUUGUGCGCGUGUAUCCUGCCAACGAGCGCUUCUGGUACUUCAGCAGAAAGACCUUCACAGAAACUUUUUAUAUGAAGUUGAAACAGUCUGAGGGAAAAAGCCACGCAAGUGCUGGGGAUGCAAUUUAUGAAGUUGUCAGUCUACAAAGAGAAUCUGCCAGAGAGGAAGAACUGGUCAGCCCAACAAGUGGAGGAGGGCCUAUGUCAUCCCAGGAGGAUGAGGCAGAAGAAGAGAGUGAUAAUGAACUCUCCAGUGGCACUGGUGAUGUGUCAAAGGAUUGUCCUGAGAAGAUUUUGUAUUCCUGGGGAGAAUUACUGGGGAAAUGGCACAGUAAUCUUGUUGUGAGACCAAAUGGAUUAUCUACCCUGGUGAAAAGUGGAGUUCCAGAAGCACUAAGGGCAGAGGUUUGGCAGUUGCUGGCAGGAUGCCACGACAACCAGGCAAUGCUGGAUAAAUACCGAGUUCUCAUCACAAUGGAUUCCUCUCAAGAGAGUGUCAUUACCCGAGAUAUUCAUCGUACGUUUCCAGCACAUGAUUAUUUCAAAGAUACGGAAGGAGAUGGUCAGGAAUCUCUGUACAAAAUCUGUAAGGCAUACUCUGUUUAUGAUGAAGACAUUGGCUACUGCCAGGGACAGUCUUUCCUUGCAGCUGUGCUUCUACUUCAUAUGCCAGAGGAGCAGGCAUUCUGUGUGUUUGUGAAAAUAAUGUAUGACUAUGGCUUGAGGGAGCUCUACAGAAAUAACUUUGAAGAUCUCCAUUGCAAAUUUUUCCAGCUGGAGAAGUUAAUGCAGGAGCAGUUACCAGACCUGUAUAGCCAUUUCUCAGACCUCAACUUGGAAGCUCAUAUGUAUGCAUCCCAGUGGUUCCUCACUUUGUUUACUGCCAAGUUUCCACUCUGCAUGGUCUUCCACAUCAUUGACUUACUACUUUGUGAGGGUAUGAACAUCAUCUUCCAUGUAGCCUUGGCUCUCUUAAAGACCUCAAAAGAGGACCUCCUACAAGCUGAUUUUGAAGGAGCUUUAAAAUUCUUCAGAGUUCAGUUGCCCAAGAGGUACAGGGCCGAAGAGAACGCCAGAAGACUGAUGGAACAAGCCUGCAACAUUAAGGUGCCAACAAAAAAGCUGAAGAAAUAUGAGAAAGAGUACCAAACAAUGCGGGAGAGCCAGCUGCAGCAGGAAGAUCCUAUGGACAGAUACAAGUUUAUAUGUUUGUAGGUAACUCUCCUGCUGUUGCACUUUUACGGGAGAUCUUCAUGAGACGCAGAAACAAAGGGUGAUUCUCAGCUACAGACACAGAAAGGAGAAAACACACAUUGUUGUAGCCCAAGCUGUGUGCAGUGUCAUCCACAGAGACUUUUGGAAGAUGAACUCUUCCUUGACUGACACGAUCCUUGUUAUUCAUCUCUGUUUAUGCCAAGAGUUAGUAAUUCUUUGUUAAUACAGUGCCCAGUAUGGUGGGACCCAGAGCUCUCCUGGGGGUCCCAAGGUACUACUGCAGUAGACUUCGUAGUGAUAAAUAUCCUGCUUUAAAGCAGCAGAGAAAUAAAGAUCCGGUUAUUAACCUGAUAGCUUGAGAGUUCACCAACAAAAAGGUUCUUUCAUUUUGGAUCAGUAUUGCUUAUCUUUCCAAUGUAUUUGCUUUUAUUGUCACUGCUGCUUUCUGUUGCCAUAGAUUUUUGGUGUGACGGAGGCUCUGCCUCUGGGCAUUUACUUCUCUCAGUGUUCAGGAUCCAUUGAUUGAUGACCUGGUUUGAAAACUUCAACUUUCUUUAGGUGACGCUGCCAGCAGUGAAGCACUUUACUACCCACUGCCCAGGAACUGACAUUGCUUACGUAUACCUGUACUGUUUUCCUGCUGUUCUUCGUUGUGCCUUAACGUGUUAAGUGACAUUUCAGUUGGUACAGAGCCUACCAGGAGUGUGGAGUAGUAAAUAACCAUACAGGGUGCAACUGGUCUACAUGGUCUGUGAAAGUAAAGACAGUACACCGUGUUCAGAAAACCAGAGUAUGAAAAUCUGUAGUGAAAGACAAUGCCAUAAUUCAUAAAUGUGAUGAGAUAGAGUUACAGGUACAGAGAAAUUAAACUUUUUUUAAAAAAGAAAGUAUUUGCCUGUGAAAAAAUGUGUUUUGGGUGUAGUUCUUUUGAUUUUGUGUUUGUGAGAACUGGGACUGCUGUAGCAGCUGGGAGCCAAUAGUGAGUGUGACCAAUUAAAAAAAAACACAAUUUAACUGCUGAUUAAGUUCUGACUAAGUAUUUUUCCAGUGCUUUACUUACAGUACUGUGGAAUUAAAAUAAUACUUAGGAAAAAAAUCAGGCUUCUUUGAAGCUCCACGGAGGCUUAUGAACUAGUUAAUCUUGGGCGAUGGGUGGUGAAGAACAUUAUCCCCAAGCUGGAAAUGAGGAUAUAGGAAGUGACUCUUCAGCCAGUGUUUAUGUGAGUCACUAUCACAGUCAAGAUCCCAGCCCAGGGUUUGGGCUUGUGCUUUUGCAACUGACUGUGUGACUUUUUUGUUUUAUUUUUUAUUAAGCCGGGUUGGGUCUGAUCCUUUUAGCGAUGCUGUGAUUAGAGAGUGCCUGUAACAAGUUAGUUGCACAUUAAAUUCAAUGUUUGGAUGUGUUCUUCAGCUGAUGGGAGUCAUGGAGAAAUGCUUCUAAGUGCUCUCUGUUCCUUGUCUUGAUUGUUUGAUUGUAUUAACGUGCCAAGCCCAGGCUGGUAGAAAUUGGCAUUUCAAGAGCGUUUCCAAAGGGCAGCAAAAACUCAAACUGUGUCGAUCCUCCCAGCUUCUCUUCUCCCUUAAAUGAUCAUUCUGCAGCCUGUGUGUUUAGAAAUGCAUUUCAUUUUGGCAGCAGCAGUGCCAGGCUUUGCCCAGCCAGGCUUGGUUUGGGAAAGGACUGAGCCUACUGUUGGAAAAGCCAGUAUUGCCUCCGAGCACGGCGUUGCUGUUAGCUCCCUCCGGCCUUGGCGCCCUCUGCGUGGGCUUCACGCCCUACAUUGCUGAAAUUCUUAGAGUUUCUCUAAACCAGAACAUGAUGGGUUUUUGGUUUAUUGCCCAGGAAGGGGUUAUUUCUUGGAUGGGAUUGCUGGAAUGGACAUCCCUGCAGAGUAUUCCUCUUACAGGUCCAGAAGAAAUCGGUUUUUGGUCUAUUGGUAGUUUUUAGUUAUAGUUGUUAGAGUUUUUUGUUGUUUGCAGCUUGUUAACAGUUUUUAUUGCUGACUGAGCUUUGUCAGGACCACAGAGACAUUGGCACUGCUGUGUUGCAGUGGUGCUUCAGUAAGACACCUCCUUGCAACCUGGUCCUCAGUGGAAAUGACUUGUUGGACAGUUGAGAGCACAGGAGAGCUGAGGUGGGAGCAGCUGCUGCUGCUGCCUCCUUGAGCCAUCCCUGCUGCACUGUGGGCAGCACGGAGGGGACCCGUGGGAGCUGGUGCAGCUCUGCCUGAAGGUCUGACUUUCACCCAGGUGUCCCAGGGAGACCCAGACCCAAACAGAGCAAGGGAAGAGCUCAACUUCCUCCUCUUCUCCCCAGCACGGGGAUGUGGGGCUGAGCAGAGAUGCUUCCUGCCUGCGGGCAGCUGUGUAUGUCCAGGCAGGGUCCAGUCUCCCGCAAUCCCACCAGCCCCACACUCUCCACAAACUCCAGAAAAGGGAUAUUUUUGCCUACCAGUAACCAGUCACAUUUUCUCAACAGGUGAAGUUCACGAGCUGCACUAAGCUGUGUUAUGUGCCACAGGAGUUCCUGCCCAGCUCGUAUUUUACAUGUUGAUUGUGGUUUGACUUAGCAAAAGAGCAGUAUUAAAGAGUUUUGUUAUUU